AUGUCGGCGCCGCGGUGCAGCAGCUUGAGGACCUCGUCCGUGUCCCCGCUGGAGCAAGCAGCCAGGAAGACGGCGCCAUCGUCGAACUUCACCUUGGUCUUCUGGCGCUUCACCACCGGAGGCUCGAGGUCCGUCUCGGAGCCGAUCCAGCGUUUCAGCUGCUCGUUCCGCUUCUGCUUCGCGUCCGCCAUCUUCAUCCCCUCUCCUGCCGCCGGGUCUUCUUAUCGCGAGGGGGGGAAGGGGGAGGCGGAGAGGGAAGAGAGGGGAGGCAGGGGGUGUGUGAAUGUUUCUAUGAGCGCGGGCCAGAGGAGGGCUGGGAACCCGGAGCCGACGCUCGAGACUUCCAGUAUCCCACAGAGCACUGGGGCGGCGCACCCGGCCGAGCGGACCUCCCUUCCUACCACAGAAGCCCUCCCGCCCCCAGCACGGCCACCCGUCACCGGCGGCCAAUCUAACGUAACUUCGCGAGAUCGGGACUGGGAGGCGCCCUUCGACCAGUGCGCAUGCGCCCUGGGCCUGCGCCCGCCCCAGGAAGAGCGCUCCCGCGAACUGCGGCGGGGGUGGCUGGGCCACCGGAGGGAAGCGGGUGUGGCCCAGGCAGCGGGGGCUGGGACAGACCUGGAAAGGAGGAAGCGGGGAAGGAAGGUUGUCCUGUCGGGCUGGGGGCUCCCGGGAAUCCGGAGGCCAGCAGUGGAACCACAAGGCUCUACAGCGCAGAUCUGCCUCCCGGGCUGUCUCAGCUACGCCGAGUCGUUGGCUCAGGGCGGAGGAUUUUCCUAUUGGCUGCGUUAUUUGAAUGGAAUGGAGGAUAGGUCGUGAAGUAGGUGCUGCUGGUUGCUCUUUCUAAGGAACUCAGAUGAACUUGGGCAUGUCAGAAUUAAUAACCUUUUAAAAGUGGGGUCUGUGUAGCCGAGGGUUUUAAUGUCCUACCCAGGGAGUUGACCAGAACCAACAUGGAACCACCCUAACUUGCUUCAGACUCCAUUGCUAGAUCAAUCCUGAUUUCAAGAUCAUAGCAUCUAAUCUUUGCCUUGCCUCUGGAUUACAAGGGUGGAACCAAGCAGAGGGGUUCACCCAAGCCAUCCUUGGGUGCUUCCAUGGGAAAGAAGGAUUUCACUGAGAAUAAUAAGUGACACCAAGGCUCAAAAGAAUGAGAGAGAAGUCUAUUGGUCUCUUGAACAGCAGGGAUUUGCUCACAGAUCUCUGGAAGUAGCCAGAAUGUGACAGGAUCUCAAAAUGAAUGGCUGCUUCAUGGAGGCUGGAACAUAAGCCUGGGACUCCCACUAGCCAAACAUAGCUGUGCCACAAACAUGGCUGAAAUGUAGCAGUUUGGUGGAUCCAAGGUCAGUCAUUGAAAAUGUAUUGAUUGGCACCUGUUCUUUGUCAAUCAUUAUUCUGGGUUCUGGGGUCACAGGAGCAAAUGAAACAAAUGAAGUACCUGCCAUCAAUGAGCUUACAUUCUAGUAAAGAGGGACAGAAAAUGAAUACAUUUUAAAUGAAUAAAUUCAGAUACCGCUAAAUGUAGUGAAGAAAAAAAUUGGGCUAAAGAGAGCGAAAAACAAUUUCUGAAGUUACUAGCAGUAAAGGGUGGGGGAAGAGAAGAGACGGAUUUAACCAGGAAAGAUCUGAGCUGAGAGUGUAUCCAGGUUUUCUGGAACCUGAUAUUAUUACAGUUUAGAGAUUCUUCUUCAAGAAAAAGAAUUUAAAAUUACAAAUGAUUAACUUCAGGGCCUUGGAAGGGGUCCACUCAAGUGAACAGAAAAUUAUGUGCCCCUUAUAAAAUAUACGAUUUAAAACUACAACAGUGGCUGGCCGUGGUGGCUCAUGCCUGUAAUCCCAGCACUUUGGGAGGCUGAGGCAGGUGGAUCGCGAAGUAAAGAGAUCGAGACCAACCUGGCCAACAUGGUGAAACCCCGUCUCUACUAAAAAUACAAAAAUUAGCUGGGCGUGGUGGCGUGUGCCUGGUGUCCCAGCUACUUGGGAGGCAGAGGCAGGAGAAUCGCUUGAACCUGGGAGGCGGAGGUUGCAGUGAGCCGAGAUUGUGCCACUGCACUCCAGCCUGGCAACAGAGUGAGACUGUCUCAAAAAAAAAAAAAAAAAAAAAAACUAUAACAGUAAUUGAGUGUAUAAACACUCAAUUUGUUUCCUCAGCUAGAUCUAGAACCAAGGAUUCUAGAAAAUAUGUGUCAAAACCCAGCUCUCAGUUUUGUUAGCUAUCACUUAACAUCAGUUUAAAUCAUUCAUUUAUUCACCAUUCAUUAAGCCGGUAUUUAUGAGUACCCUAUUGGUACUCUGUAUGUACUAGUGCUAAAACUAUAACAAUGUAAACACUCAUUGCCUGCAAUCAACAAUAUAUACUGGUCAAAGAUUCAAUUCCAUGAUCAAGCAUAGCAGCAUUAAUAGUAGAGCAACCUCCAUUAUGUGCCUAAGCAUUACCUAAAUUUUAGCCUGAGUUUAACCAGGUGUUUUAGAUCAAAUAUCACUUUACUAGAAACAUGGGAGAUAGAAGAACAUAUUAAAUGAUACCACACAUACUUAAUCAAACAAACCUGAAAUGUAGGAUAAUCUCUAGGGCACUGGCCUGGUUUCUUUUAAAAAGUCAGUGUUAUAAAAAAUUUUAAAUAAAAAUGUUCUAGAUUAAAAGAUACUGAAAAUCAUAAUGACUAAUUAAGCUUGUAAACUUUGAUUAAGUUCUGGUUUGGAAAAAAGUUGUAUGUAAUUGAUUAUUGGAAAAAUUGAAUAUGGAUUGUGUUUUAGAUGAUAUUAAGGAAUUUUUGUUAUUUCUGUUCUAAGAUGUAAUAAUGUGAUUAUGUAGGAAUGUAUCCUUAAUUUAAGGAGAUGAGUAUGUUAAAUAUGAUGUUGACAACUUCCUUUCAAAUGAUUUUGUGAAAUAAAAAAUAAAUAAAUACAAAUGCAUGUAAGUAGAUAA